GGAGAUGUCCAAGGUCAGGCUGGAAGUGCUCUGAGCAACCCGAUCUGGCUGUGGGUGUCCCUGUUCAUUGCAGGGGAGUUGGACUAGGUUACCUUAAAAGGUCCCUUCCAACGCAGAUGAUUUUAUGAUUCUAGGUGACAGUGGGUUAGAACGCAAGCAUAACAUCAAAGGUAGCAGUCAUGUUUUCUUAGUAACUAUCAGAGCGCUUUAUCGUACUGAUGACUAGAUACUUAAGGGUUUUAAAGGGUUUCGGAGCAUUUGCCCAUCAGUCCUGGCGCAGCAUCUGCAGUACCCACCGACCCCACAAGAGGUCAGGAGGAGCAUUUUAGCUCUAUUUCUGCAGGGCGCUGAUCCCGUUGCCUAGCGACGAGCUGUCGUGCAGCCCUUUACGGCAGCGGGGCCCGUUCCCUCAUUCCGCCCUAGGCGACGCCCAGCGGCGGCGGCGGCAGCAGUGUCAUGUCGGGGCCGGGGCGGGCUGGGGAGGCGGAUCGGACGCUGUUCGUGGGGAACCUGGAGAGCCGCGUGCGGGAGGAGAUCCUCUACGAACUCUUCCUGCAGGCUGGACCAUUAACCAAAGUGACGAUUUGUAAAGACAAGGAAGGAAAACCUAAGUCUUUUGGAUUUGUCUGCUUUAAGCACAAAGAAUCAGUGCCUUAUGCAAUAGCUUUGCUGAAUGGAAUCCGUUUGUAUGGAAGACCAAUUAAAGUACGGUAUCGGUUUGGGAGUUCACACUCUUCAGAACUAAACAGCCCAACACAUGGUUUUGAGAACUAUGUUGACUUAUAUUCACCUUCAUAUAGGUAUCAAGAGCCUUAUGGAAAUCCUCCAUUUCCUGUUACUCCUUUUCCAAUGAACAAUUUUUUACCUCAGGAACACUCUGUCUUUCAGAAGAUGAUGAACCAUUUUUUAGAACAGCAGUACAUAGUACACAGUCCGGUGGGUCAGCAAUUUCCUUACUACCAGAUGACUCUACCACUGCCUUCAAGCUUAUCCAUUCCUCCCUAUCAGAAUGAAGCUGCAAAUUUUAAGUCUGGGCAGAGUUCUUUUGAGUUGGUCGUGCCACAUUCAAGUGAUGGAAAAGUAUACCAGGUGGAUGAAAGCACAUCUAAAAGAAAGAGAGAACAGCAAAGUUGUGACAGCGACACUAGUACUGAAGAUGACAGAAUGAGACAAAGAGAUCGUGACCAAAAAUACAAUAAGUGCAAAGCCAAGAAAAAAAGACAUUAAUACUGUAAGACUGGAUUAUUUUUAGUUAUAUUUUCUAUUUUUAUUUGAGAGAAAUUCACUCAUUGUUGCACUUUAUUACAAAAGGAAUGUACAAGACUCAUAUUAAUUUUGAAAUACUUUGUGCAUAAAUUAUACUGAUACUUUAUUUAAACUCAACCAAGUAAAAGAAGAAAAUAUUUUAAGGUAUAGGAAAUAUUUAAAAAGAUAUGGUUUUCCUAUGGAAGGAGAACGUCAGUAAUUAUGCUUCUGCUUACCAAGAAUUACAAAAGUCUGUUAUUUUGCUAAUUUAGACACUGUGAAAAUGUAUACUUUGAGCCACUCGUAAAGCAUAUGUAUCACUUCCAUGACUUGUGGAAUUUACUAUUGUGACUGCUUUAAGAAUUCUCUGGAGCUGCUGAAGAACUGAGCGGACUAGAAAUUCUAGGCGCCGUAUUAGAGAUCUGCUCAUCGCUGCAGUAUCAAUACCUGUCAACGGUUUACGGGCUGGUUCGGCCCGGUUCCGUGACUAGAAGGGCGGAGGGAUCCGCGGAUCCGCGACCCC